AUGGACAGAAUAGUGAUCAAGGAAGGCAGUUCUAGCUCAAGCUCAGAAAGCGAAGAAGAAUCCACAAGUGGGAGUUCUGACGAAGUCUCAAAGAAUGAAGUUUUCUUGCUAGAUUUUCAAGAAUUACCAAUCAAAAAGGAGGAAGAGGAACAAGAAGAAGAAGUUGUAGAAUUUCCUGAUGUUAAGCCUGAAAAACCAAAAUCGGAAGAGUCAAGUAAGAAAAAACUGAAGAAGAAAGCUGUGAACAAGAAGGAGUUAGACCGAAUUGCGAUGGUAUUACCUGACGUUGUCGCUGAUCGCCAAAGAGAACGAGCUUUGCUGAAAAUAGCUACGAAAGGUGUUGUUCAGCUGUUCAAUGCUGUCUCUGAUCGGCAGAAAGAAUUAGAAAAGCAGUUGUCCAACAAAGGAAAUACACUUGACAGAUCGUCAAGAAAGAGGAUUUUAGAACGGCUAGGACCGUCGGAAUUUAAAAAACGGUUGAAUGACAUGGGAAAAAUUAAGGAAGAAACUCCAGUAGACGCUGAAAGUCCUUCGAUAAUGAAUACCAGCACGGUCCCAACCUCUCCUAAAGUACAAUUAGUUGUUCCAAAAGAAGAAGUAGAAAGUGAAGAAGAUUGA